AUGACCUCCACAACUACUACAGUGACCAGCGUCACCCCCAUUAAAACAACUUAUUCGACUCCAGCUGAAGUGGACGAUGCUCAUAGCACACUGCAUGCAACUUUCCGUACUGGCCUCACCAAAGAUUUGGCGUGGCGGCGAUGGCAGCUCAAGCAGCUGUGGUGGAUGAUGGACGAGAACAUGGAUCGCAUAUUCGACGCCCUCAAGGCAGAUCUCAACCGGCAUCACUUUGAAAGUUUAUUUACAGACAUCAGGUCUGUAAAAGCCGACAUAAUCUCGCACUUGAAAAACCUCGAGGACUGGACGUCCACAAAGCCCAUCAACACCGGGAUCCCCCUCGGGUCGUGGCUCUUCAAGGCGCGCAUUCGCAAGGAGCCGCUUGGAGUUGCCUUCAUCAUGGGUGCCUGGAACUAUCCAAUGCUACUUCUCUUGCAGCCUGUGAUCUCGGCAAUCACCGCCGGUUGCUGUGUGCUCCUUAAGCCGUCAGAUUUGAGCGUCCACUCGGAGCGGCUUUUGCAGGAGCUCGUGCCCAAGUAUCUAGACCCACGCGCCAUCCGCAUCGUCACGGGUGGGCCGGCCGAGACGGGCUACAUGCUCGAGAAGCGCUUUAACCACAUCUUCUUCACGGGAUCCACCAAGGUCGGCCACAUCGUCGCCGCCGCCGCCGCCAAGCACCUGACCCCGGUCGUGCUGGAGCUCGGCGGUCAGAACCCGGUAAUCGUGCACAAGACGGCUGACAUCGACUACUCGGCGCGACGCAUCGCCUUCGCCAAGUUCCAAAACGCCGGCCAGAUCUGCCUCUCGGUCAACCACGUCUUUGUCGACCCCGAGGUGGCCGACGAGUUCGUCGAGCGCGCCUCGUACUGGUGCGCCAAGUUCGUCGAGGGCGAGGCCAGGGACCACCUGACCCACAUCGUCAACACGCGCAACUUUGACCGCCUCUGCGGCCUGCUCGAUGCCACCUCGGGCAAGGUCGUGCAGGGCGGUGGGCGCGAUCGCGAGACCUGCUACCUCCAGCCGACGGUCGUCCGCGACGUCACCCUGUCGGACCCGCUCAUGUCCGAGGAGCUGUUCGGCCCCAUCCUGCCCGUCAUCACGGCGACACCCGACGAGGCGAUCCGCACCAUCAGCAGCGGGCCGUCGCCGCUAGCGCUGUACAUGUUUGCGCGCGACGACGCCUUUGUCGAGCACGUGCUCGACCGCACCCUCUCGGGCGGCGUGACGGUCAACAACAUUGCGGUGCACGUCGCGUUCGACGACGCGCCGUUUGGCGGCGUCGGCGACUCGGGCCACGGCGCCUACCAUGGUCGCCACGGGGUCGACAGCUUUGUGCACCGUCGGCCCGUCGUCCACAUCCCGUCCUGGGUCGACAGGCUCCUCGGCUUUACGUACCCCCCGUAUAGCAUGGACAACGCCGGCAAGAUGACUAUCAAGAACUCGCUGGGCUUCAAAAAGGGCGAGACCAUGGAGGACCAGCGCCGCGUUGCCGGGCGCGGCCGCCUCUGGUAUGCUACUGCCGUGGGCGUGGGCGGCGUUGUGGCUGCCGUUGGUGCGAGGUAUUUACAGGCUUAGUGGUAAUUUGGGAUAAGUUUCUUGAUACGAGACAGUGUAUAUUACUAUUGUUGUUGUCAACUGUACUCAGUAUCUGUGUUGAUGCAAGUCGGUAUGUGUUUGGGUAUAUGUAUUAGUCUAGUUAAAAUAGGUCGGUUAUGAAAAGGCAAGACGUCGUAUUUUCCC